UUUAAUGUUGAGAAAUACAUUUUUAAAUCAAGAGGAUCUAAGGAUGAAGGCUAUGAAAAACAUCAAUUUAAUCAAUUUGAGAGCGACAUAAUUGGAGCCUAUCGACGUGUACCAGAUACUAGGAAUCCUCUCUGCAAGAAUAAAAUAUACCGGCUUAACAUGCCAUCAGUAAGUGUUGUGAUUAUUUUUCAUAACGAAGCCAGAUCAACAUUACUAAGGACUGUUCAAAGUGUUCUAGAUCGAACUCCUCCUCAUUUGCUGUCGGAAAUUGUGCUAGUAGAUGAUAAUAGCGAUGAUGCUACUCUAGGUCAAGAACUUCUCACCUUGCCAAAAGUCAAGCUUAUCCGAAAUAAAAAAAGAGAGGGGCUGAUAAGAUCUCGAGUAUUUGGUGUAAAAAGUAGCCAAGGCAAAGCAAUUAUAUUCCUUGAUAGUCACUGUGAAGUCAAUCAGCAAUGGGCAGAGCCGCUACUAGAACAGAUUGUAUUGAAUCCUAAAGCGAUUGUUAGUCCUGUCUUGGAUAAUAUUGAUAUGAAUACGUUUGAAUAUCAAGAAGGCACUGAAGAUGUUCGUGGAGGGUUUGACUGGAGUUUAACAUUUCGCUGGGACUACAUGACAGAGGCUAUGAUAAAUCAAAGAAUAGAUCCUACGUCACCAAUUAAGACGCCGACCAUUGCUGGUGGUAUCUAUGCCGUUUCUAAGCAAUGGUUCAACGACUUAGGAGAAUAUGAUAUGGGACAAAAGAUCUGGGGUGGAGAAAAUUUAGAGUUGUCAUUUCGGGCGUGGAUGUGCGGUGGAUUUAUGAAAAUAAUACCUUGUUCUAGAGUUGGACAUGUCUUUCGGCUUCAGCACCCUUAUAUCUUUCCUGAAGGUGCGGGUAGAACAUACUACAGAAAUUUGCGACGUGUUGUUGAAGUUUGGUUAGAUGAAUAUAAGGUUUAUUUUUACCAAAUACGAAAAAUUAUUAAGAGUAUAGACUACGGAAACGUUAAAUCAAGGAAACAGCUACGAAAGAGGCUUCAUUGCCAAACUUUUAAGUGGUACUUAGACAAUGUGUAUCCUGAACUUCAUGUCCCAACUCCUUAUAAAGCAGUAUAUGGUCAUUUUAAGCAGGGAAGAUUGUGCUUAGUAACAGGCAUAGAGAGAACUAUUGUAGCCCUUCUUCAAGUCAAGCCAUGCAGUAACGUUACAAACACUCAUAAGUGGGCUAUCGUUAGCGCAAAGCUUAUUCGUCUAUAUGACUUUUGCAUAACAUUAGACAAUUAUCGCGCAACAAAAGCACAAGCCGUUAAUUUACAAAGUUGCCGUAAUGAUGAUCCUCGCCAGGAAUGGGAAUAUUCUGAUACUGGACACUUAAGACAUCGAAUGACUGACAUGUGUUUGGAAGGAAGAAUGCAAUCACAUGAGCUGGAAACUUUGAAGACAGCACAAUGUUCAGAUACUACAUCUCAACGUUGGCAAUUUAUUAAAUCUUUGUAG